CGGCAUCGAAUUCGAUUCAAGUUGAACUUUUGAGACGGAAGUCUGACGUAGACUCUUGCGGUUGGCUGGAACUUCUUCUCUCAUGUAUCUUCAUAAGCUCAGUAACAAGUGAAGAGUGAAGCGCGCAAGAUCAUUUAAGUUUGCUUUCUCGUUGAGAAAGAACUGCUGGCUUUCUUUUUUGCAUGAAAGUUUGAAUUGUUUUACUUCGAGGACAAAUAUAUAUUUGAAUUAGCCGAAGAAUCGAGAUCCUGAACGGAAAUAAUUUUGUGGGAGGAUAGAAAGAAAAACAACAGCUUACAACAUGGGAGAAAAGAUAUCCCCAUCAGCGGUAUCAACUUCCGCUAGGAAAUCUUCCAACGGCGUAAAGGGUUCUGCUCCCAAGACGUCCAAAGACAAAAGUCCAAGGCGCAAAAGUAAGGAGGAGAAAUUGAAUCAACUGUUCGGUGAACCGCCGGUUGACCAACCCGCGCGAGAACGUCCCAAGCAAAAAUCCGUGCUAGUAGCGUACGUUCUCUGGCUAUUCGGAGGAUUUUUCGGACUACAUCAUCUCUAUCUGCACCAAGAUCGUCGGGCUUUCAUUUGGUGGUGUACACUCGGUGGAUACUUCGGGAUCGGAUGGCUGUCGGAGGUACACCGGAUACCGGCGAUGGUGCGAGACGCCAACGAAGAUCCCCGCUUCGUCGAGGAGUUCCGUGAGAGGAUACGCGUCCACCGAAAGCCACCCUUUUCGACUUCUAGAUUUGUGCUGGCAAUCAUGGUUGGGUACCUGUUUGGGCAGGUUAUGAUGAUUGCGAUUCCCCAGGAGGUGUUCGCCGGGGUUGAUUGGAGCUUCCUGCAUUGGUCCAUUCCGCUGGGAGUUGCCAUUGGUGUGUGGACGGUUGGUAACAUGGGUCGCGAAAAGGGCGUGUUCUGGCACAGUCUGGUUGGAGCUUACAUUUCAUAUCCAAUCCGAUACUUUGUGCUGGAUGAGGCUUACUGGUUCACGACAUUGGCGUUUUGUUCAGCGUUUGCUUUCGACAAUUUCUCCAAAGAAUGGGAUUUGGAUGUUCCCAAACGUAAGAAACCACUUCGGCGAGCGGCAAUUCUUGUUCCGUGUGUUCUGCUCUACCUAUCCCUUUGGGGAUGUUUCUUGUAUUUCAACGGAACAAUCACCGACUCGGAGGGUGACGAAGUACCAGUACACGAAGCUAUCCACAACUUCAUCAAAUCUCCCUGGUGGACGGAUUUGAAGCAGACCGUCUCGGAUACGAUCCACUUUGCGCGCCAUAAUGGAUGGGCAGAGGUUUGGAAGCAGAUAAUUGAUUCGAUGGAUGUCGACGGGGAACAGAAUGCAUACAAGAUAUUGGGGGUUAGCCCAACAGCUUCCCAAACGGAGAUUACAUCCGUUUGGAGGAAACUGUCCCGUGAAAAUCAUCCCGAUAAGGUUAAAGAAGAGAGUCAGCGGAGAGCAGCUCAAGAGAAAUUCAUGGAAAUCCAGCAGGCAUACGAAGUGCUUAGUAAAAUUAAAUCCAAGAGACGGCAGCGAAACAAGAAACCCAAUGAUGAUCUGUAAUUGGAAGAUUUUAGGUUUAUUGUGUCAGACUUUAACUUAUCAGUCAAUUCAUCUCCAAUAUUAGCUGUAAAUAUUUAUUAACAAAAAUCAAACACAGACUUCAUACAAAUAUUAUUUCAAAUU